UCGAUCUAGCAGCUUGCACGGUGCUGAUGAAGAAGGUGACCGUGGUUGCUGCACUGCUGCUGUUCCUCCCGUUCGUCGUCAAGGCUAAGGAUGGCAAUGUGGCCGGAUGGAAGCCGAACGAGACACCGGAGACACCGGAAUCGGACCUGACGGUGCCGCCGUUCGUCUUCAACGUGUCCGAGAUAAACGAGCCCGUGAGGCUCACGCUGGACGUGGCUGCACGAGGAGGUUACACAGCCUUCAUGACGGAGCUGCACAGGAGACUGAAGGCCACGGCCAACGGGUGGACCAUCAAGGAGCGUCCGGUGCUGGGCGUGCAAAGGCUUAAAUGGCAGCCGCCGGACACCUGGAUCUACGUGGACCUCAAGUGGGGCGGCGUGAUGCCCACCCUUGCCAUCAGGGCAGACAACUUGUACCUUGUCGGAUUCCAGCUGAAUGGAGGUCCGUGGUACGUGUUCAAGAACACGUUUUGGUGGGUUCGCCCUCUGCUCCCCGGGUCCAUCCCGCUCACCUUCAACGACAGUUACAAAUCUCUCACUCGGCGGCCGAGGCUACAGAGACCUGGGCAGUGUGGACGUCGGCCGGCUACCAGCCUUGGAAGCAGCGAAAAACCUAACAUGGUACAUGCAGGGCGGCCCCAUCACCAUCACUGAGCAGGA